AUGAAGUUUGCCAUUGCCAUUCUAGCACUCACCAUUUCGACUACACCCCUUGCUAGUGCGUCGCAUCAGCAGCAGCAGCAGCAACCGCAGCAGUCGCAGCGAAACCUCUUCUCAUCUCUCAAACAACUCGUUGCUUUUGCCAACCCUCUUCCGCCUCCUCCUCCUCCUCCUCCUCCUCCUGCUCCUCAUCAUCAUCAUCCGCUGCAGCAGCAGCAAGUCCCCGUCGUCAUGGAUCCCAACAACAUUGCUCUACCACCCUCGCACAAGGACAACGACGAUCCUUCGCAGGACCACUCUCCCGGCGGUCCCGGCGCGGGCGGCAACAUUAUCAUCUCCGACGUCAUCGGCAAAGAGCGCAGCAUCAACAUAUUCGCCGGCUUUACGCGCGACAUCGAAAGCGUCUCAAACCGGCUCGAAAACGACGCGCUCAAUACCACUGUCCUCGCUCCGCUGAAUUCAGCAAUCACCAAACUGCCUCGCAAACCCUGGGAAGACCCGCAAGACUACGCUGCCAAAGGCGCAGAUGCAUAUGCGGGGCCAGAUGGCGAAAGUAAAGCCCACGAGAACCUCAGACGCUUUACGGAAGCGCAUAUCGUGCCUGCGAAUCCGUGGAAGGAAGGCGAGAAAGUGAAGACGGAAGCGGGAAAUGUGGUCUGGUGGGAAACGAAGGAUGGGGAGAAGAUUAUUCAGCCAGGCAAUAUAAAAGUAUCGAGCGUGCUGAAGCAAGUUGCGAAUGGAGAAGUCUGGAUCAUUCAAGGCGUUUUGAAUUAUUCUUGA